CUGCUGUCGACAGAAUUCUGUUGUCGACAUAGAAAUGCUGUCGAUAGAAUCAUCUCCUACAAGCUCGCGCACUAAGCACCCAGCGAUGCAGAACUCGUGUGUAUAUUCCCGCUAUAAGCCAUCCCUAGCCCGAGCUGCGAAUGAUGCAAUCAUGACUAUGCUUAGUUAGCGACAGAUGAGGCUAAGAUGGAGAUGGAGGUGGUCUCUCUGGAUAAGGCUGAGUUAUGCGAUAUCUAAUAACUUUGAGCACCUAUUCUACAAGGAGUAAACAACAGUGUCUGAAGCCAACAGCAAUCGCGCAGCUCACUUUUAGGAAUAUGAAGCACUUCUCCACUACUGGAACUGAGUAUCUUGGCGAAGUUUGAGCUGGCUUUAUCAAAUUACGAUUAAACAGCCCCAUAUAAUUACGCUCGAGCUCAAUUAGCACAUGGAGACCCAUCUAAACCACCCCUCCCAUCACACACAUCAACUUCCAAACUUCCACCUUCAUAUCAACAAACUCCUGGACCCCAAACCCUCGCAUACAAACUAUAUGCAAGCCUCGGACCUGCGGAAUCCUUCUCAAGGACCUAUAUUUUGCCGAUCCGCACCCUAAUUACCAGCCAUCCCCAAGAAAAUGAGGGGAAGAGCUUACCGUAAUUGACCUAAAGGCACGGCUAAAUGCGCAGGCAUCGGCGUCGGUGGACUGUUGCCGUUGGGCAAUAUAUAUCGGCAACGACGAUUGGUCAAUGGAGGCGUACCUACCUUGCCUCCGCGGUGCCUAUAUGAAGGAUAAUCUUUCGAUUCCAGAUUGCGGCUAGAUUAUUAUAGCAUCGUGCGCUGUGGGACCGGUGGAAAUGGGGGAUUUGCUUCCGAGAUUCUUGGAUUGCCUGUGGUAGGUUGGGAAAUAUGUUAUGUGCGGCUACUGAUGUAGGGAUUAUGGCGGGAUAAGGUGAGGAAGGGUAUUUACUUUAUAUAUCGUUGCGUCCCCUCAUUUCCUGUUUACUGUUGUUCUGCUCGUCAGCGUCGUAUCUGUCACAUACUCCUCUCACAGUCAAUUCCUGGAGUUCGGCUUUCCUGUACUCGUUUCUGUCAAGUUUUGUUCUAGAAAAGGCUUUACAAGAUGCAAUUGCUCGCUCUUCUGGCCGCGGCCACAGGCGCUGCCGCCGUGGCGAUGCCCAAUGGCGGCGGUGUUCUCGGUGGCGUCGGCAAUGGCCACAGCAAGGGAUGGGGACUGAAGAAGUUCAAGAACUUGGUGGCGUUUGGAGACAGCUACACCGACGAGUCUCGUCUUGGUUAUUUCCAGCAGCAUAACGGACAAGGCCCACCCGCAGGAACUCUCCUUCCCGGAAGCACUUCCACGCCCGGAGGCGGCAUCACAUGGCCGCGAUGGGUAUCGAUAUACAGCGGAGCUUCGCUGUUUAACUACGCUGUCUCCGGAGCAGUCUGCAGCAACAAGAUGAUCUACCGUUACCUCGACUCCAUCAGCGGGCCCUUCCCUGACGUGCUCGGCUAUGAGGUGCCUGCCUACCAAGCAGACGCAGCGUAUAUCAACAAGAAGACGCGUACGAACACGCUUUUCACGGAUCGGAAGGCUGAUAACACUGUUUACAGCAUGUGGAUUGGCACGAACGAUCUCGGGAACGAUGCGCUGAUCACAGAUAGCACACUCCACGGUGAGACGAUCAGUGAUUAUAUCGACUGCAUCUUCGAGGCGUUCGAUGGGAUUUACAAGACCGGAGCUAGGUACUUCGUCCUCAUGAACGUCGCCCCCCUGGACCUCUCCCCGCUGUACGGACUCCCCUCCGCCGGUGGACUGGCAUCAAGCCACUACUGGCCCAACAAGCCCGCGAACACCACCGAGCAGAGCGGGAAGAUGAAGGAGUACUCGAGCACUGUGAACUCUGUUCUCGAAUACCGCGUGCCAUUUGAGGUGAAGCUGGCGAAUCGCUACCCAGGGGCUCACUUCGCUAUCUUCGAUACGCACCGCUUGAUCACGGAUAUCUAUAAUAACCCGGCCACUUACCUCAAUGGGACGGGGACGCUGCAUGUCAAUGAGCCGUACCAGGUUUGCCCGCCGGCUGGGGGGAAUUGUGUGAAUUCUGAGGAGAGCUUGGAUAACUUCUUGUGGUUUGAUGAGUUGCAUCCUAGUGAGAGGACUGAUCAGGUUAUUGCGACGCAUUUCCUUGAUGUUGUUAAGGGGACGUCAAAGUUUGCUACGUACUGGUAGAAUAUUCAAAAUAAGUUGCUGCUGGUAUAGGGGUGGCCUAUUCUAUCUUGUAUGACAUUUAGCAAUCUAGAUAAUGUAAAUAAAUUAAUGACUAGAUCAUGAUAACCCCG